UUCCCACCACAGCCAGCCGUGAGCCAGGAGUGGCGUGGCGACCCCUGGACACCGCUUUCCCCAAGUACUGGGAGAGGCUAAUACCAGGUCCAGAAAUGCCCUUGGUGUGUUUGACAGACUUUGAGGCCCAUGCACGGGAGCAGCUGUCUAAGUCAACUUGGGAUUUUAUUGAAGGAGGAGCUGAUGACUGCCUCACGCGGGAUGACAACAUCGCAGCAUUUAAAAAAAUCCGCCUCCGUCCCCGGUACCUGAAAGAUGUGUCAAAGGUGGACACGCGGACCACAAUCCAAGGGGAGGAGAUCAGCACCCCCAUUUGCAUCGCACCCACGGGUUUCCACUGCCUUGCCUGGCCUGAUGGAGAAAUGAGCACAGCCAGAGCUGCGCAAGCAGCCGGUAUCUGCUACAUCACCAGCACGUAUGCCAGCUGUAGCCUUGAAGACAUUGUUGCCACUGCCCCCGGGGGCCUGCGAUGGUUCCAACUGUACGUGCACCCAAACAGGCAGCUAAACAAACAGCUGAUCCAAAAGGUAGAAUCCCUGGGUUUCAAAGCUCUGGUAAUCACUGUGGAUGUACCCAAAAUUGGCAACAGACGACACAACAUUACAAACCAAGUGAACUUGAUGAAGAACUUACUGCUAAAAGAUCUCGGAUCACCUGAGAAGGGAAAUUUAAUGCCUUAUCUCCAGAUGUCCCCCAUUGACUCAUCCAUCUGCUGGGAUGAUCUCUCCUGGUUUCAGAGCAUGACUCGAUUGCCCAUCAUCCUUAAGGGGAUCUUGACAAAAGAGGAUGCAGAGUUAGCUGUGAAGCACAAUGUCCAUGGCAUCAUUGUUUCCAACCAUGGUGGGAGGCAGCUUGAUGAGGUUCCUGCUUCUAUCGAUGCCUUGACAGAAGUGGUGGCUGCUGUGAAAGGGAAAAUUGAAGUGUACCUGGAUGGUGGCAUCCGAACCGGCAAUGAUGUGCUGAAAGCUCUGGCCCUCGGGGCUAAAUGCGUUUUUCUGGGGAGACCCAUCCUAUGGGGUCUUGCCUACAAGGGUGAACAUGGUGUUGAGGAAGUUUUGAACAUUUUAAAAAAUGAAUUCCACACUUCCAUGACCCUGACAGGCUGCCGGUCGGUUGACGAGAUCAGUCGGGACCUGAUCCAGUUCUCCAGGAUGUAGAGAAAGAGAGUGAAGGGACUGACUGCUGAGUUCGCCCACAGGAAGAAGACAAAAUCUUAAUAGGGUGUGUGAUGCCAUCCUGCCUCGGUCCCAUCCUGUCCACAGGCUCAUCCCCUGCACCCUCAACCACUCCACCCCCAAUCCCUCAUAUUCCUCAAAUGUGCCGAUGCUCUUCUUUGCCUCACUGCCUUGUAUAUGCUGUUCUCUUGCCUAAAAUCCUCCUCUGAAAGAAGACUUCUGAAAAGGGCAGUUCAAUAAUGACUGAAGUAGCUAGUGGAUUAAAAUUUUUGAAUAUACUAUGUUUCUAUGAAACAGCUAUGUAAAUAUGCACUCUAGACAGAAGAGCUAUACAUAUAAAAUAUUCCCCAACAAAAAUUAUACUCCUAUCUGUAGAUAAUAGGGAAAUAAUAUAGUUAAAAGCAUAGGCUUUGGAGUCAUACAGACAUAGGAUUGACAGGACUGUGACUUGGGAAAGUUUUUUGAUCUCUCUGUUCUUCCAUGUCCUUGUCUAUAAAAUGGGGAUUAUACUACCUAGCUCGCUAGGACGGGAGAAAGAUUGAGAUAAUGUAUGUAAAGUUCAGAGUUCUAGUGUGUUUAAGAAAUAGCAGCUUUGGGACUUCCCUGGUGGCACAGUGGUUAAGAAUCCACCUGCCAACGCAGGGGA